ACGACUAGUCCGGGAUGACGUCAUAAAGUUAGGGAACGAUCGAGGGACAAGGACACACUUAUCCAUGGACAGAAAAUAACGACGGAUAUAAAAUGAUUUAUUCUCGCGUUGUAAAGGUUUUUCCUGUCGGAUAACUCCUGUUGACUAACAUAAUUGCAUAUAGCUCUAUCUGCACGUUCAUUUUCAAGCACGAUCACAUGUUGGAUGAAAAAAAAAACUUGCAAACGCCGCACAAGUGGAGUGUAAAUUUGUACUAUUUUUUGAAAGGUAUUAUAUUUGGAAUUACGUGGUAAGCAAAAGUUAUCGGUGGGAAUUUAAACCAGUGAAACACGACGGAGAAGAAUAAAAACUCUCCGUUAAAUUCCACGGGAGAAGGAUUUAUCCGGUGAAACCUCUACUUCCGUGUUUUGUAAGCCGAGUACAAUGGUGUUCUUGCGUCCAUCUGCAUUAGAUAUCGUCGCCCUGGUGGUGACUGCUGUCUCCGUGACACUACAAUACCUGGCCUUCUUUUACCCUGACUGGUGGUCCUAUAGACAUGUCAGCUCCACUUCUGUCGUCAGAACCAAGACUGUGGGAAUGUACCAGACAGUGGAGUGUCUCCCAAAAUGUGAAAUAAAAUCUCUCGUAAACAUCGAGGGAGAUUAUGAAUGGCUGUUCAUAUCCAGGAUAUUUGAAGUGUUCGCCUGCUUUUUGUGUAUUGUGGCACUAUUUCUGCACUUGUUGUAUCUCCCCGUAAGGAAAGAAGGAGUCCGAUCGUCCGCCAUUUAUCUCCUUGGCGCGGCAGGUCUGUUCGCUCUUGGAGGCGCGUUCGUGUUCGCAGCCUUGUACGACUCCCUAAGUAACGAUCUGGCACCAGGCACUGCCUCGGCUAACUUCCCAUUCGGAAUAAAUAUCCUUACUGGGUUUCUACACAUACUGGCUUCAGCCUUGACGGCCGUCGCGACUGUGAAGGCAGCUAGACAAGGCGGGGACAUUGAGGAAGCGUACAUAGUCUAACCGGAACCGGUGUAACCUGGUAAAUAGUCAACCGGAACCGGUGUAACCUGGUAAAUAGUCAACCGGAACCAGUGUAACCUGGUAAAUAGUCUAACCGGAACCGGUGUAACCUUUAUCAGUCAUUAGUUCAUUUACAUGGUAAUGUAUUUAAUCGAUCAAUACAUUGCUGGCAUUACCUUUACAAGUGUUUGUAAUGUAAUCAACUAAAUAACCAUUAUUAUCACAACAUAAUUGAUUAGAUAGCCUAUCACUGUUGUGUGUUGAAUGGUUUGUUAUAUAUGAACGACACUUGAUUAAUACACUUGAAAUGAAUUUUGCCAAAAUGGUACCAUUAGAACGUUUUGGCCAGUAAUUCAGUUAUCUUUGGACAAAAACACUUCAAAAAUAUAAAAACAAAACAAAACCGAAUUAAAUGGACAGCACUUAGUACUUAAUAAUGUUUUAUGAUAUUUAUGCCAUUUGUGAUGUACCUGGUUGACCUUUUUAUUGUUGUGCAUAUUGUACAUACAUGUAUGUAUUACUAUAUAGAACUGUAUAUAUAUCGGUACUGUCAUUAUGACGAGCUAUAACGAUUCAUUGUAUUAAAGACCACCAGAUUAGGUUGCGAUGGUCUUAGGUCACGGUUUAAGGUCAAAGGUCAAAGUUGACACUUUUGAAGUCUAGGGUGUUUAGUCUAUAAAUACGUUAAUCGAUGCAUUUUUUUGUCGUUCUGGACAGGUUCUUUGGUGCGUGCAAAGUCACAAAUAAAUUCUCCCCACUUGCUACUACAUUGUAAUUUGUAGACUUGAGCUCUAAUUCAUAAUUUUGUACAAAAACGCGCUGUAAGCCCUUAAUAUCUAAGACGAUUUUAUCUGAGAAAUAUAUUCCAUCAUGUAUAUGUAAAACAUUGUAUUACAAUGUAAUGAAACAUGGAGUGCAUUUUUACAUACGUAUGUACUUAAAUAUCACAAAGCUGCUGUUAAUUUUCUAUGGAUUUGUGAGUAGCUUCAAAUGAACUUUGACCUUAGUGGUGGUAAGGCAUUUAAAUAUCAUCAUGACCCUUCAAAGUCAAUAAGUUUGUAUGUACAGACUCUAAAUAUAACUGUAAUGAUCACGUUUUGUGUUAUCCCAUGCCUGAUAAAUAUAACUGUGUAAUGAUCACGUUUUGUGUUAUCCCAUGCCUGAUAAAUAUAACUGUGUAAUGAUCACGUUUUGUGUUAUCCCAUGCCUGAUAAAUGUGACUGUGUAAUGAUCACGUUUUGUGUUAUCCCAUGCCUGAUAAAUGUGACUGUGUAAUGAUCACGUUUUGUGUUAUCCCAUGCCUGAUAAAUAUAACUGUGUAAUGAUCACGUUUUGUGUUAUCCUAUGCCUGAUAUUGAUCCGGAACAUUGAUGAUGAACAUGGAUACACUGAAGGCAAUGACAGUGAACUUGACAACGUACGGUUUACACUGAGAUCAGUUUAUAAAGUAGUAAUAAUGUUCCUAUGUGUACGCUUGCUUAACUCAUAUAUUGUUUACAUGGUUGGUUUAAAUGCAUAAGUCAAUAAACAAAAAUGCUGGAUUUUAACACGAAA